AUGCCUCAGCAACCCUUGGCGUCUCAGAGAAAACCCAGGAAAUUCCAACCCGAGCUUGUCGAGACCUCAUCACGCAGCUCUAAGGAAGUUCGAACAAAAAGCCAAGCUACACAAGCCCAACUAGAUGGCCGCAGGCGCUCAGAUGGGCCCAGAAAAUUCGCACCACAGCUCAUGGACACAGGCACACGCUCUUUCCGUCGAAUGAAUACCUCUCAUACAACCCUUCAAGAAAGACGCAACUCAUUGGUACUGGGAGAGAUCCCAAACCUUGUCACUGCGGUCGGCAAUGAUGCACAUAAUAACAGGCACGUGGCCCAUGAAUCUUGUUUCUCGUACAUGAACCUGCGCCGGCGGCAACAGACGAGGAGGCACUCGUUCCGGAUCCCUGACCUUCCUGCAAUUCCUUCUAGUUGUAGCGAGACAUCUGAUACGUCUGAGCAUCCGUCGGUACCUGCAUCGCCUGAUAGAAUGGAGAAAGACAACUGUGCCGAUAUUAAACCCCGAGGAAGCUCCGAGGAUGAAAAUACAGAAUACCUUUCCGCCAUCGCAGCUAUCACAGUAGAGAAACAGCUUAAAGAACAAGCCCUAGCAGCUUUUCCAAACGAACAAGAUCAUCAGCCCGUCGAUCACUUCGCUAUUGAUCGAGAAGAGGAAGAGUUCCUGAAUAAUGAACGUGCAACCUCUCAUGUGGGAAUCCCUCCUCAAGACACCCAUCGACGAACAUCAUCUGCCGAUCUUUCAUGGGAGCUAGACUACAUGCGCAGACAUAAAGAAGAAGCUGAGAUGACUGAUCGUGCAAUGGCUCGAACCCGAGGGUCACCAUUCUUAUCACCGAAUGACGUUACCUCGCUUGGAUCCAGGAGGCCAGCGAGACACCAUGAUAAUCGAGUUCGGGGUCAUGAUCUUGAACCAACUAGAAGCAAUGCUAACCCGCCGAUGCUCGGAGAGGAUCUUAUCUUCCCUCAAAGCCUGUCUCCAGAGUCAACAGUAUGCGAGGGUAGCAAUAUUCAACAUAACAUCACACGCAAUAGACUUUGUGUUUUCUCUGGACUUUGGUAUGGAAGUCCCCAUGCCAACAAUAGGUCCAACGAUGGCGGUCUUUGGAAAGGUACUUGCAAAACUUCAAGUUCGCAAGAAAUACAAUCACCGCGGUGUUCAAUUGCAGACCAAAUUGCACAGACAUACACAUCUUCCACCCUUCAGCCGACCGAUGUAAAUCGCUCAACGGAUAAGGACCAGUUACUCCAACCCAGUCCAUGGAUCCUGCCUACGACUCGCUAUAAAAUACAAGAAGACUUCCGUGAUGCGUCUCUCGAAGCGGAGCUGCAAGACGGUUUGGUUACUCAGAUAUAUAAUUAUCUUUCGCUUGGUUAUCCCUGUGUUGCCCGAUAUUUUGACCACGAACUCAGCAGGAUCUCUGGUAUAUCGGUGGCAGAUUUAAGACAAGAUGAUCUGAACACAGAUGCAAGGGGCCAUGUCGGUGUUUCCGACAGUCCUUCGAUAGGGGAAGACAUCUCGACACGUGCCUGCAUGCGCUGGAAGGCUCUACAACUGUACAUAUUCGAUUGGGCACGCGAGCGGCAUCGCGUCGGUUUUGAUGACAUGGAUGGAGAACAUGGAGCAUGGGGCGUAUGUGAACGCAAAGGAAGUUGGGCUGUCUGA